AUGUCUGGCCUCGCCGCCGCCGCCCCGGCCCUCCACAAGCCCUCCGUCGCCUCCUGCUCUUUUGGCGCCUCGGGCGCCCUCGCUAUCCUCCGCGGAUGCCCGCUCCUUGAGGAGCUCUCCCUCAAGCGCCUCCGCGGCCUCGACUCCCCGCUCCUCCUCGUCGACAACGAUGACAACGCAAGUGGCAAUGCGACCUCGUCCUCGCUUCGAUCCAUCUGCUUCAAGGAGCUGUACAAUGCGCAGUGCUUCGCCCCGCUCAUCCUCGGCGCCCCCAACCUGAAAAGCCUCAAGCUCUUUCGCUGCUCCGGCGACUGGUACCCCUUCCCCGAGGCGCUCCCUACCGCCACCCUGGCACUCGCGGAGGUCCACCUCGAGAAGCUCCAGGUCAGCGACAGCAGGCUCACCGCCCUCGCCCUCUAUGCCGAUAAGACGGUCGGCGGGGGCGGGGUCAAGGGCCUGGCGGCUCUGACGGGGGUAGAAAGAGAAAUAAUGUAA